AUGGCACAAACAGUGGGACAGACAAGCCUCAUUCUUGCUUGAAUGCACAAAGACCUUUUCCCAGCUCAGGAAAAUGAGGAAGUUGUCAGCACAGUGUCACAAGGACAUGUGAGCACCAAGCUCUUUCUUUCCUGGGUUCCUGAUGUCUCUAUCUGAGAUGUGUGGGCCCUGUAUGCUUUGCUUUCUUGCCAUUACAUCAGUCAAUACAGCCACUGUGUGUUUCCUAAUGUUCACUGGUGAUGCCUGGUGAAUCAGGCAAUUCCUGCCAUUCAGCCAUUGCAAAGCAGGCAAUUUCAGCUCAGCAGGCAAGGGGGGUAUUUUGAUCCUUUGAGUACAGAGGUCUGAUGUUCUUUAUGUCAGAGAAGAACAGCAAAAUGCACAGUAAGAUCUUCCUUUGGCCAAUAAGAGGGGAUUGGCUGUUCUGUCUUUUUGCAGUACAGCAGCACAAAUGGUGUUGGGGUAGGCAGCAACAGAGGUGUAAAAACAUGUUCAUUGUUUUUGGGUGCAUUGCAUGAAAACUCCAAAUGUCCUUCAAAGAGCAUUUUCUGAAGGUACACUCAAGAUGAGCUUGUGAAAAGGACUUUGAGUUUGAUCUCCGCAUUGCUGCUCCUGGAUUCAGCAGAACUGAACUGGAAAGCUGUCCCAGCAUGACUUUCUGGGUUUGUGUUAGAGCAUUUGCAUUCUCCUUUUUGCCCUUUUCCCUUGUACUCCCUGAAAUGAUUUUGAGCAAUUUUUUGCCCAUUCCUUUUAAAAAGGACUGUCACCCCAUCUGUAGUAACUGAUACCUUUAAGAAUGUAUGUGAUACACGGAAUAUUCAGAAAGCCUCACACUGUCUUUGUUGUGAUGAAGUUUUAAAGUGUAACAUUCUAAACUGUGAUACCCCUGAGUGUAAAAACUGAAAUAACGUGUAAGAGUGAAAUAAAGAGAGUACCUUAAUUCCUUGCAUGGAAGAAUCUCUUGUAGAAUCAAUCAUUCAGAAAAGGUCUGUCAAGGUUUUUCAAAAGUCUGGGAGGUUUUUUCUCAUUUUGUCCAUUUCUUGAGGUAAUGUUGGGUGGGUCCCUAUGUGUCUAGAGCUUGGCGAUGCUGAUGGUAGAGUGUUGAAUGCCGUGCCGGCGCUGUUACCGCUGCGCUGCCACUGCGGAGGCUCCGAGCCGGUUUGUCUCUUUGGGGAAGGAAGAUCAGUCUUUCCGGGCUCAGCCUCUGCCUCACGCUGCGGUGGAAAACGUUUUGUGCCGCUUUUACAGCUGUGUUUCUCGAAGCGCGCGGACUCUCCUGCCAGGAGAGCAGAGAGCUCACGGCUACCGCGGGCUGUCGGAAGUGGGGAGCGCGGACAGACGCGAGACAGGUGACGGAGCUGUCCGUGCGCUGGGAGUCAAGCGGCGACCUCUCAGGGCUCAUCUCGAUCCUUGCGGGCACUUCCAUCCCCGCUUCCAUGUGCGCGCGUCCUGCCCCGGGCUCAGCCGCGGGCGAGCGGCGGCACCGCGCGUGUGCGCGCGUGUCCGUGGGCCGGGCCGAGCGGCAGCGCGGGCAGCGGGCGGCGGCGGGCGCAGUCCCAGCGCGCACCGCUGGGUGGUGGUCUCGGCUAAGGCGCCGCCGAGCCCGACCCAGCCCAGCUCAGCACAGCCAAGCCCAGCCCAGCUCCCAACAGCCCAGCCGGGCGGAGCGGGCAGCGGCUGCGGCAGCGAGCGCUGGCUCUGCCAGCCGAGCCUGGCACACCGCGGCUGCACUCCGGACUGCCGACCAGACCGGAAUACAGAGGGAGAAGAAGGGCACCCGAUCCGAGCGCCGCCGCUUUCGUUGGGGACUACGCGAGAGAUCCGCGAGAAGGAGAUCGGACACCGCCGCCGCCGCCGCCGCCGGAGGAGGGCCAUGGCGAUGGCAAGGCAAGUGCUUUGUGUGUGUGCUUUGCUCUCCCUGGCGCUCGCUCGCUCGCAGCCCAUCCGCUACUCCGUGGCCGAGGAGGCGGACAGCGGCUCCCUCGUAGGCAACCUGGCGCAGGACGCGGCGCUGCCGCCGGCGCAGCUCUCGGCUCGCCGCGCCCGCCUGCUGGCCGAGGACGGCCGGCAGCACUUUCGCCUCGACCGCGCCAGCGGCCGCCUCGUCGUGGCCGACAGGCUCGACCGGGAGCAGCUGUGCGCCCAGGCCGACACCUGCACGCUCGCCUUCGAGCUGCUGCUGGCCGACCCGCUGCAGUUCUUUCGGGUCGAGGUGGCCCUGCACGACAUCAAUGACCAUGCGCCCGUUUUCCCUGAAGAUAAAGUCGUUUUUGACAUCCCCGAAACGAGCGAGCCUGGUUCUCGUUUCCCUCUGGAGGUUGCUCAGGACCUUGAUAUUGGCAGCAACAGCGUCCAGGCAUACAGCAUCUCACCCGAGAAUGAGUAUUUUAGUGUCUCCUAUGGAAGUCGGAGUAAUGGCGACAAAUAUAUUGAACUGGUGUUGGAAAAGCCGCUAGACAGAGAGGAGCAGGCAGAGAUGGAUUUCAGUCUCAUUGCUGUGGAUGGGGGCUCUCCUCCCAAAAGUGGGACUACCCAAAUUCACAUUACAGUUCUGGAUGCCAAUGACAACGCUCCCAUCUUCACACAGGAUCGUUACACUGUGCAGGUUUUGGAAAAUGCAUCACAGGGCUCUGUGGUUCUGACUGUCCUGGCAACUGAUCAGGAUGAAGGAAUUAAUGGAGACAUAUCCUAUCAGUUCAGCCAAGCAAUGAGCCAGAGAGACUUAGCAUUUGAGAUUGAUCCCAUAACAGGUGAAAUUAAACUCACAAAGUCUCUGGACUUUGAGGCAGCAGAGACUCACGAGCUCAGUGUGAGGGCCAGAGAUGGGGGGGGCCUUUCAGCAAUCUGCAAGGUGUUGGUGGAGGUGUUGGAUGUGAAUGACAAUGCCCCAGAGCUGGUGGUCAGUUCCUUCAGCAGUCCCCUCGCUGAGAACUCAGCGCCCGGCACGGUCGUUGCCCUCUUCAGUGUCAGGGACCGCGAUGCCGGGGCCAACGGCAAGGUCUCCUGUGCCCUCGACGAUCAGCUCGUCUUCUCCCUGCGCCCAGCCUACAAGAAUUACUAUGAGCUGGUGACGGUGAGUGGCCUGGACCGCGAGGAGACGGCUGAGUACAUGGUGACGGUGACAGCAGCAGACGCGGGCUCCCCUCCUCUGACGAGCAGCCACACCUUCAGCGUGGCCAUCUCGGACGUCAAUGACAACGCGCCUGUCUUCAACCAGAGCUCGUACACCAUGUACGUGCGUGAGAACAAUGUGCCCAGCGUGCUGGUUGGAGCCGUGAGUGCCGCAGAUGCCGACGUGGGGCUCAACGCCAAGGUGACCUAUUCGCUGUCAGCGGGGCAAGCGGCGGAGCGGCCUUGGUGCUCGUGCCUGUCGGUGAACUCGGAGAGCGGGCAGGUGUUUGUGCUGCGAGCGCUGGACUACGAGCAGCUGAGGCAGAGCGAGGUGGUGGUGAGCGCCUCUGACGCGGGUUCUCCUCCGCUGCAAGCCAACGUCACCGUCCGCCUGCUGGUGCUGGACGAGAACGACAACGCCCCGCUCGUGCUGUACCCGGCGCCCGACAGCGGCCCGGCCUCCAGCGAGCUGGUGCCCGUGUCGGCUGAGGCGGGCUACCUCAUCUCCAAAGUGGUGGCCGUCGACGCCGACUCGGGGCAGAACUCGUGGCUCUCGUACCACCUGCUCAGGGCCACCGACCCCGGGCUCUUUGCCGUGGCUGCCCAAAGCGGCGAGGUGAGGCUCAGGAGGCCCGUGACAGACAGAGACAGCGUCAAGCACAAGCUCGUCGUCCUGGUGCGAGACAACGGCCGCCCACCCCUCUCAGCCACCGCCGCUCUCAGCGCACUCCUGCUCAAGGACUUCUCCGACCUGCGCCAACCGCACGGCAGCCCCGCCACCGACGACCAGCCCGGCUCCCUCACCACCUACUUAAUCCUUGCCUUGGUCUUCGUCUCCCUGCUCUUCCUCGCCUCCACAGCAGCCUUCGUGGCUCGCAGGCUGUGCAAGAGAAAGGAGCUGAAGGCUGCCCACGUGCUUGACGGGGCCAACAACUUGCCGAGCGGCCUGGCCGAGGCAGCUGCUGCAGGGACCCUGCCCCACCCCUACUGCUACGAGAUCAGCCUCACCACGGGCUCGGGCAACAGCGAGUUCAAGUUCCUCAAGCCCUUCAUCCCCAGCCUGACACCACAGCCCUGGGCCAUGGCCGGGGGCCCCAGUGAGGAACAGGUUUUCCCUUGUGUCCCUGUCCCCACAGAGGACGUGACACCAGAAGAUGCUGGGACUGUCUCUGCAGAACAGUUCAACCGUCUUUCCUUUAACUAAUACAGGCAGAGGCUUCAUGUGUUGUAUUAGGAGGGGAUGCAGGCUGCAGCCUGUGGGAAUGGUUUCUGCGGAGUAAAUCUUUAUUUUCAAUUGGCAUAAUCAAUUUCCAGAAUCUCUAGGUCAGGGAAUGCUUGUGUUCCAAGCAAGAAGCAACCAAGAUAAAGGGACCAAGGCUCUUUCA